AUGGAGAUUCUUGAAACUAAAAAGAGGAUUCCUAUGAACAUAAAUUUGAGGCUUCCUCCCCAUAUUGUUAGAGCAAUCUUUUCUAAACUCUCCAUUUCCAAUUUGCCCACUUGUCGAGUUGUUUGUAAAACUUGGAAUAAUCUAGUUUUAGAAUAUGCAUCCUCAACUAAAUUUCUUCCAACAACCACUCUCUUCCUUUCUAUGGCCGAUGAAAUCUCCAAUUACAUUCCAUUCAAAUCAACACCUUGGUGCAAUCCCAAGAUACACUGCGUCGAUAUCGAUAGUAAAACAAGUUAUGUUGCCUCAUUUGGGUUUGAGGGUGAUUGGUCAUAUAUCACAAUUGUCAAUUCCUGCAACGGUUUGUUGUAUAUUUGCAAGUUUACUUUUGACUCCCUCUGUGAAGGUAUAUUAAAUCCAAUGACAAAUGAGUUCAUGGAAAUUCCUCAACCUGAAAUAGAGUUAGAUGUUCACUCCAUUGGUUUUGGUUUCAGCCCUCGAACGAAGCAAUACAAAUUAUUCAGAACUGAACCAGAAGUCCUUGAAAAUUUGAAAAAGUGCCAUUACAUAAUGGAGAUUUUUACCUUUGAUAACGGCUAUAAGCAAUGGAGGCAUUUUGAGCGUCUACCUUUUGUAGUCUUCCAUCAUGGUCAGUACUUGAAUGGAGUCAUCUACUGGAUCGGAAAGAAAUUAGAAAAAGAGGGUGAAGCUGUGAUAUAUGCUCUGGAUGUGGAUACUGAACAGAUGGAAUGCACUGCGACCUUAGAAAUUGGACCUUCCUUGAAGAAUGGUUCCAUUAAGAUAUUUGAGGAAAGAGUUUAUGCAAUCAUUUCUUUGAUGGACAAACGAGUAUCUCCAAUAUCUUAUAAGAUUGAAUUGUGGAGGAUGCAAAAGAAAGAUUCAUGGAUUAAAGAAUUUAGUAUUGAUGAGGAAUCUUUUGGCCUUAUUACAGUUCUUGAGGAUGGAGAGUUAUUAGUUGCUAUCAAAGAUAAUAUAUUUCGUUUGGAUAAGAGUAGAAAGAAGAUCAAGAUCAAAACAUUGAAUUCAAGUGAGAGUAGAAUUAAAGUUAUAGGGUGCAAUACUAUAAAUUCUAUUAAUUUUGAGUGUUUUUCAAACAUUUUGGCAAGAGAUUGA